AUUUAAAUUUAGGAUGGGAAUAGACAAAUUUAUUGCUUUCUUAUACAGAAAUAUAAUAAAGGAAAAAUUAUAACCAACAAACUUUUUUUCUUAAACAAAUAAUAAAGGAAAAAUUAGGUAGUAACAAUAAUUACUAUAUUUUUGUCAAAUUGUUCUGGUAUGGUAUACCAUUAAUUAAGCAGAAAAAAAGGAAAAAAAAAUUGAAGUUAGAAGAGGUUGAAACAGAUCUCUGAACUUGAACAUUUCCAAAGGGCUUGAGCAUUCCAUGGAGAUACUUCAGGAUUGAUUAAUUUCCAACAAAGUUUUCUGUUGAAUACCACAAAUUUUACGAGCUUGAAUCUUUGUACUUGUGCCAGAAACCAGAGAACUUCUCGGAGGUGGCAUGAAUCUUCUUGAUUUAUCAACAUCUAUAGCUACAAUGCUGCCAACAUAAUUUUGGGGACUCACAAAGGAGAUCAUUUUUCCAAGAACUCUAGAGGGAAGUGGCUUUUUGGAUGUGUGAAAGCAUGCAAUGGUCACGUGUCAAUGAGGAGAGGAGAGUGUGUUUGAUGGAAUCCACCUGAUGCUAUGCACGAUUGGCUUGAUUCCUCGGUAACGCAAUCAUAUAACGCCAUUCUCAAAACUGAAAGUUCGCUAUGUAGCUCUUACUUUUGUGAAAAUUAUCCUGUGUGACGGUUAAAUAUAAAACAGCUACAACAACAAGCAAAGCAAGUAUAUAGUAACGUUUUCAUGUGUGACAUGCUUUUUGGUGUGGCAUGCUUCAAAGUUCAAAGUGAAAAGCCUAGUGUCCCAUUAUCAGGAGCUAAAGACAAUCCAUCUCGGCUAUAUAAUACGUUUUAUACAAUCUCCUAAGGUGUUUAAAGAGGUGGUGGGGGGUUGAGUCCACAGUGAAUGAUAUUUGUGACUGAACUAAAGUGCCAAAAACAUGAUCAUGAGGAAGCACAACAACCCACUUUGGUUUGUGGUGCUUUUGUUUCCCUCUUAGGCUCUUUUGGUGAACUUCAGAGUGUUGUUGGGUUGGUUGGUUGGUUGGUGUGGUUGCUUCAUUUUGUUGGUGCAUUUUGGUUUCUCUUUUUCUCAUGGCUGAUGGACAGAGACAACAGAGGCUUAGCAAGUCAUGCAUUCUCCUCAUAGCCAUUGCAGGAAUAGAAAGGUUUGCAUUCAAGGGGGUGGCAUCCAACUUGGUGACUUACCUAACUGAUGUCGUGAACUUGAGCAACUCAUCUGCAGCAAAGAUGGUUAACAGCUGGGUAGGAUUUACUUCCAUAAUGCCAUUGCUGGUGGCACCAAUUGCUGACGCAUAUUGGCGCAAAUACUCCACUAUAAUGGUCUCAUCUUUCCUGUAUUUUGUGGGACUUGCGGCAUUGACAACAACAGCACUAGCAAGGUCAUGGCAUCACAAAAACAGAUCAAUGUCUUCUUCAUUCCUCUCCCUGUCUCUCUACUUAAUUUCAUUAGGCCAAGGUGGAUACAACCCAUCUCUGCAAGCCUUUGGAGCAGAUCAACUUGGUGAGGAGGAAGAAUUGCCUUGUAGCAAAGAAGAUAAAAGUUGCAACAAAAAAACUCUAUUCUUCCAGUGGUGGUAUUUUGGUGUCUGUAGUGGAAGCCUAUUGGGUGUUACAGUCAUGUCCUACAUCCAAGAUACCUUUGGAUGGGUGCUAGGUUUUGCCAUCCCUGCUAUUUCAAUGAUUCUGUCAAUUUUAAUUUUUUCUGGUGGAAGCCCUAUAUAUUUAUAUAAAGAACAUGAUGUCCUUCAAGCUAAGAAGCCCCUCAGGAACAUAUUUCAAGCCGUAAAAGCUUCUGCAUUGAGAUGCUUCCAUUGUGAAAUUACCCUUCCAAAUGAUAAGACUGAAGUGGUGGAGCUAGAGCUUCAAGAGAAACCCCUUUGUCCUGAAAAGUUGGAAAGCCUCAAGGACUUGAAUAAGGAUCCUAAAGGUGGCAUGUAUCUGCUAGCAAAUGCCAAGGUUAUGGUGAGGCUUUUGCCCAUAUGGACAAUGCUUCUCAUGUUUGCAGUGAUUUUCCAGCAGCCUGCCACAUUUUUCACAAAACAAGGCAUGACAAUGAAGAGGAACAUUGGUGCAGGCUUCAAGAUUCCACCAGCUACACUCCAAAGUGCUAUAACACUGUCCAUAAUACUCUUGAUGCCAUUGUAUGACAAAAUAUUCAUACCAAUCACUCAGGUGAUCACUAGGCAGGAGAGGGGUAUAAGUGUGAUGCAAAGGAUGGGAAUUGGAAUGGUUCUCUCAAUCAUAGCCAUGAUUAUUGCUGCUCUAGUUGAAAUGAGAAGGCUUGAGAUUGGAAGCCAAAUGAGAAGUGCAGGGUCACAAUCAGAAACAGUUCCUCUAAGCAUUUUCUGGCUGCUACCACAGUACAUUCUUCUUGGCAUCUCAGACAUUUUCACAGUUGUUGGCAUGCAAGAGUUCUUUUAUGGUGAAGUUCCCAGGCAUAUGAGGACAAUGGGAAUUGCGUUGUAUACAAGUGUUUUUGGGGUUGGAAGCUUUGUGAGUGCACUGUUGAUCACACUAGUUGAAGUGUACACAAGUUCAAAGGGAAUACCAAGCUGGUUCUGUGAUGAUAUGGUUGAAGCACGCUUGGACAGUUACUAUUGGCUUCUAGCAUGGUUAAGUACAGUGAGCUUGCUAUUGUAUGCACUCUUGUGUAGAUAUUACCCUAAGAAGAGUGAUUCGGACAAUGAAUAUUGAGGGUUUUUUUUUCCUUCCUCUUUAGUUUUCAAGUGUUAUCUUCCCAAACCCACUGGGUUGGCCUAGUGGUGGGAAACUUGGGAUAGAAUACAUGAGAUCAUAGGUUCCAAGGCGUACACACAAAAAAAAAUGUUAUCUUCCCACAUUCCUUUUGGGCUAAAGUUUGUUGAACUACUUGACAUGAUAUUCAAUAACAGUAAUUGCAUGAUA